AUCUGUUAAAGGGCAUUUUCCUCUUCUGUAGUUCAAAUGAGGUUUUUCCUUGUGAUUCAGCGUCACCGACUAGAGCCCUCAGGUUUGGCCACAAUUGUCGUGGGGAGAGGAGAGUCCGCCAAGACUGAGGCGAUGAAGGAACUGCCAGACACUAGAGAAGAGGGUAAAGACGAGGAGCCUUCAGAAAGGCAGGGAGGUGUCGCCAGGAGUGAGGGGGAGCUGAAUGGGACCUGUGAAGGGUCAGAGUCAGCAAAAGGCCACCAGAGCUCCUCCCACCGGGAACCCCAGGACAGCAGGUUGGGGCAUCAGGUGGACUCUGGCAGCCAGUCAUGUCUAAGCGAAAAUGGACUACCGGAGAGUGACCCACCCCACGGCACCAUGACUGGCAGCAAUGGACUUGUCCUCAGCAAGCAGCAGCCAGAGGGCGGUGCUGCCACACACAGGACUAGCGGGUCGCCUGCGGGCACCGCAUUAGUGGGGCAUGCCACCAAAACAAUGCCGUCGGCUUCGGCGUUGCCUGCGGCACGGGCCCGAAAUCCGGCUACCGCAAAGACUGAUGCCGGUAUUGGAACAGGCGUAGCAAAGGACAGCCUUGUAGAGACAGAGACUAAAAAUGGAACAACACAGGAACCCCCGCCAGUUGUUACAAUACAUCGGGCACGGAAAACUAUGGCCAGACCUGCCUCCAACCAGGCAACACUAAAGCUUCUAAACAGGGAACUAAAAGAACCGAACGGUGUGAAAGAUGAGACUCGGAACGCACCUGAGGUGGUUAAGCCACCGGUGCCCUUGCCGUCCCAAAACCAGCUACCUCAGAGCCAAAACGACACACCAACGGCUGCAAGCAAGCCCCAGACUGCUGCCUCGGUGUCCCGCAAAAAGAAGCGGAAGAUGGGGACGUACAGCCUUGUUCCCAAGAAAAAAACCAAAGUAAUGAAGCAGCGAUCUGUGCUCGAGUUGUUCAAGGACCUGUCUCGAGCAAGAGCUCAGAAAGAGAGCUUGCGGGUGAAUGGAGAAAGCUUGGAAAACGAGUCUGAAGAUGAGGAGUCGGAGGAUGCUGAUGACUCAGAAGACGAGGAGGAGCACAUGGGCGAGGAAGGCUGUGGCACUCCCAGAGAAGGAGGACAGGCCUCAGACAGCACCCUUAAGGCGGAGCUAGUAGAGGAACAGGAGUCUGAGGAUUCUGGUGAGGAUGAAGGAGAAGAAGGAAACGAUUCAGAUCUGAGCUCAGAGUCCAGCAUAAAAAAGAGGUUAAAAAAGAAAGGAAAGCUUGACAAUCCUUGGCUUCGGACACCCAAGAAACGAAAAAAGAAGAUGCCGUUAAAAACAGAGAGCCUCUCCGCCAGUGAGGCGGAGGCCCAGUCCCAAACCAGCGCCAGUAAGGAAUAUACAGAGGUGUCCUUGGACUGCCUGAACCUGAAAGCCCAGGAGGAGUUACUGUCAGCCCAGCACACAGGUUUGUCUGGAGGAGCAGAGGGAAUGGAGACAGACCCGGUGCAGGAACUGCCGCUGUGCAGCUGCCGAAUGGAGACGCCAAAGAGCCGGGAGAUCCUCACACUGGCCAACAGGAAGUGCAUGGCCACGGAGAGCGUGGACGGGCAGCUGAGCAAGUGCCAAAGUGGUGUGAUGAAGCAUGAGAUGAUGAGACCCUCCAACACAGUCCAGCUCCUAGUGCUGUGCGAGGACCACCGAGCUGGUAUGGUCAAGCAUCAGUGUUGCCCAGGCUGUGGCUUCUUCUGCAGAGCGGGGACUUUUAUGGAAUGCCAACCAGACAGUAACAUUUCCCAUCGCUUCCACCGAGCCUGUGCCUCUGUGCUUAAGGGUCAGACCUUCUGCCCACACUGUGGCGAGGAUGCUAGCAAGGCCAAGGAGGUCACCAUCGCCAAGGCAGACACCACAUCCAUGGUGCCCCUUGCUCCUGGUUUAAAGAUGCCUACUGCAUCUGAGGGCAAGGCUGACACCACCACUGGGGGUCCAGUCUGUGCACCUCCGUUCAGUGAGGACAGAGCAGACAGCUCCCUGCCCAAACCCUCCGAGUCGUCUGAUACCACUCCGUCCCCAACCGGCUCCAAGAUUGCUACAGGAGUGGGUCAGGCGGUUGGCACAGCCCCAGGACCGGCUAAAGAGACGUUGGAAAGCAUUCUCCUGGCUCUUGAUGCCGAGAAGCCUAAGAAGCUAAGGUUUCACCCAAAGCAGCUGUAUAUCUCAGCCAAACAAGGGGAGCUCCAGAAGGUCUUGCUGAUGCUGGUGGAUGGCAUUGACCCGAACUUCAAGAUGGAGAGCCAGAACAAGCGUACACCCCUUCAUGUGGCGGCUGAGGCAGGGCAUCAGGAAGUCUGCCACAUGCUUGUACAGGCUGGUGCUAAUUUGGACAUGUGUGACGAGGACCAAAGGACUCCUCUGAUGGAUGCCUGUGAGAACAACCACCUUGAGACGGUCCGAUAUCUGCUGAGGGCUGGAGCAAUCGUCAAUCACAAGGAUGUGGAGGGCUCCACCUGUUUGCACUUGGCUGCUAAAAUAGGGCAUUACGACAUAGUAAAGCACCUGUUAGACACCGAAUCAAUAGAUAUCAACUGCCAGGAUGAUGGUGGCUGGACAGCUAUGAUCUGGGCGACAGAAUACAAGCAUGUAGAUGAGGUGAAACUGUUACUGUCUAGAGGAGCUGACAUCAACAUCAGAGACAAGGAGGAAAACAUCUGUCUCCACUGGGCAGCCUUCUCUGGCUGUGUGGACAUUGCAGAGAUCUUGUUGGGCUCCCGGUGUGACCUCCAUGCUGUCAACAUCCAUGGUGAUUCACCCCUGCACAUCGCUGCGCGGGAGAACCGGCUAGAUUGCGUGAUGCUCUUUCUGGCCCGUGGGGCAGAUGUGAACCUUAAGAAUCGGGAAGGGGAGACACCUCUGGAGUGCUGCAGCCAGGGCUCCAAGGUGUGGAGCGCCCUUCAGGCCAACCGGAAACUCAGGGAAACUGCAGGGACCCAAAGUGGCCGGGUGGAAAAAAUUCUCAACAGGGACAUUGCCAGGGGGUAUGAGAGAGUCCCUGUCCCAUGUGUGAACGGUGUGGAUGACGAGCCCUGUCCAGAUAACUACAAAUAUCUCCCAGUCAACUGCGUUACCUCCCCUAUGAAUAUCGACAAGAACAUCACGCACUUGCAGUACUGUGUGUGUAAAGAUGACUGCUCUUCCACCAACUGCAUGUGUGGUCAGCUCAGCCUACGAUGCUGGUAUGACAAGGAAGGACGCUUACUUCCAGAAUUCUGUCGUGAAGAACCACCUCUCGUAUUUGAGUGCAAUCAUGCCUGCUCCUGCUGGAGGACCUGCAAGAACCGUGUGGUGCAGAAUGGACUGAGGGUCCGACUGCAGCUCUUCCGGACUGAGAAGAUGGGCUGGGGUGUGCGGGCUCUGCAGGACAUUCCCCAAGGGACCUUUGUGUGCGAAUACGUGGGUGAGAUCAUCACUGAUGCGGAGGCAGAUGUCAGGGAAAAUGACUCCUACCUUUUUAACCUGGACAACAAGGUGGGCGAUGUGUACUGCAUUGACGCCCGUUUCUACGGGAACAUCAGCCGGUUCAUCAACCACCUGUGUGAGCCCAACCUGUUUCCGGUCCGUGUAUUCACCACCCACCAGGAUCUCCGCUUCCCCCACAUUGCUUUUUUUGCAGGGAAGAACAUCAGUGCUGGCGAGGAACUUGGGUUUGACUACGGUGACCACUUCUGGGACAUCAAGGGCAAGUUCUUCAGUUGUCAGUGCUGUUCGCCCAAGUGCCGACACUCAGCCACCGCCCUGGCCCAGAAGCAGGCGGACAGCACGCCUGAGGGGCGGCAGCCCAGCACCCUGCCCGACACUAGCUCAUCCACCACUCCCUCCAGUCCCUCGUGAGCCCUGCUCCAAACCCCUCCUCACAUCCACCUGAGCACUGCCCACACCAGCACAAAAAUCCUCCCAGAUUCCAGUUCUCACCACCACCUAUUCAGCAGGAAAUUUCCUCAGCAUUUUGACUGAGCUCAUCGGAAGAGUGCUGGGGCACGUAACCUUCGGAUCCUCGGAGCUGCUCAUAGCAGCCGAGUGCAUGGGCUGGAAGUUUGCCCAGAAUUUCUGAGUGACGAUCUGCAAAAUCUGCCGCAUGAGAAGGCUGUUAAAAUAGUUGUGUUGCUUCUGUACAAUCUACUUAAAAUGGUAGCUUUACUGUGGUUUGUACUUGAAGCAUUGCCUUGGGUGAUGCUCCAGAGGGGAGUUUGUAAGCCAUUUGUAAAAUAAGGAUUGUACAAAGCAUAUCUACUGUACAUUCAGAAGUAAAAUCAAGCACUGCAAAUGGCCUAGCAUGAAUUUGUAGCAUAUUUGUGGGUCAUUUUUGCCCUUUGGUUCUCAACCUCACCACCUUUAUGUUAACGAAGACCUGGUACUCUGCAUAUUUUUCUUCCAUAAGCACUUGCUUGAGGAAAAUACUGGAGGAUAAUGUAAAACGGAGGUAUCGAAUCCUUCGUCACUUACGACUACGCUGCUCUUCUUUCCAGCCCAUUUCCAUGGCUUGAUUGGACCAGAUACUAUGUAAUUACCGUGGCAGAGUUUGUUCCCAAAACACUAGUUAAAAACUUAAUUACUGUUAGAUACCAUGGUUCGGAAAUAUUUUGCUUCAGUGGGCUACUUGGCUAUCUAAGAAAACAGUGUUUCAGCAUUCGUGUAGCCUUCCAGGUGUUUGAGACCAUCGAUACAGAGAAAACAUCACACAGCGUUACUUUUUAAAAAUUGAUUUGCACUCUAAUUUUUAAGCUUUUUUUUUGAAGUUCACUUUCUCAGAGCAUACACACCAAGCUCUUUCGAUGUCAAGUUCUGGGAUUAUGCUUUCUGGCACGUGACAGAGCUGAGGCUAAAUCUGUAGCUGAACAGAAAGGACCUGUGUCAAUCUGAGGGGGAACUGGAGAGGCAUCAUUGCCUAGCGACAACGCAACAAAAAACCAGCCGGGGCGUGUCCCUGACGCACAAACAGACAUCACGGAGCAAUGCUUUCAUCUCUCACAGGUGACUACAGCCUAGGGACACUGUGUAACCCCAGGGGGAGCGGUGAUAAAUUACAAAACUCCUCCUCUUUUUUUUUUUUUUGCUGGCACAGGAAGCGUGUUCACAAGACAAACCUCUUCCUUUUGGGGGUUUAAAAAAAACUACAUUUGCUUCAUGUGCAUCACUGGCUGAAAUGGCCUGACUGAGUUAAGACCUUUUUUAUUUUUUAUUUUUUUUUUGUAAUAUCCUGCCUGUGCAAAUCAAAAAUGACAGCACAUUUUUGGUAAGGGGCAGGUUCAGAAAAGCAUGCUUUGUGAGGCACAAGACUCACUUUGUUUAAAUCAACUCAAAUGUACAAUGACAGUUUUUUCUGCAGGGGUAGCGGGAUUCAAAUGGGCUCAGAACUUGCUGGGGAAACAGAAAAUGGUGCUGAACAAAAGGUGUUUAUUUUGUAUUUCUCACCAAGUGAAUACAAGUUGUAAAAUAAAACAACUUUUUUUACAUUUUAAUUUACCUCCUGUUUUCAUACUGUAGUAACUGUAGUUAGUCUUUCAGUUAAACUCUAUAAUUCUAUGUUCAUAGUAAAUCUUCACAUUAUUCCUGUCUUUUUAAAUGUGGUUAGUAUGGUAGUGUAUAGUAGAAUUU